AUGAGAGGAAUCUCUCUUGUUAGAUCAAGGCUGUCCAUUUAUAGGGCUCCUGCAGUUACGUAUUUGAGAUCUAUCACUAUUUCGCCGAACUCAAGCAAUUUAUGCAAUCUUCGACCGAAUUCGGAACCUUUCAUAGCUCGUAUGCUUCCUUUGGGUCUCUCUUCUAUGUUCUCGACUUCCGAAUUGAACUCGGAGCUAGUGGGAUUUACUCAGAGUAACGAUGAUGACGAAAAUGAGGAAGAGAUUGACUUCGAUAUCAUAAGCGAUGAGGUUGUCACAGAGGAUGUUCUGAAGAUUUCUAAGCUGUUGAAAGAUUGUGGGAGUAACCGGAAGAAAUUGAGAGACAAGCUUGAGCAAUGCGAUGUGAAGCCAUCAAACGAAUUGGUGGUUGAGAUUCUUUCUCAAGCUCGCAAUGAUUGGGAAACUGCAUUCACUUUCUUCCUCUGGGCAGGGAAGCAGCGAGGCUACGUUCGUUCUGUUCGUGAGUAUCACUCAAUGAUCUCGAUCCUCGGCAAAAUGAGGAAGUUUGAUACAGCUUGGACUUUGAUUGAUGAGAUGAGAAAGUUUAGCCCUUCUUCUCUUGUUAACUCGCAGACGCUUCUGAUCAUGAUCAGGAAGUAUUGUGCGGUGCACGAUGUUGCCAAGGCCAUAAACACGUUCCACGCUUACAAAAGAUUCAAACUUGAGAUGGGGAUUGAUGAUUUCCAGAGCUUGCUCUCUGCUCUCUGUAGGUAUAAGAACGUUCAAGACGCUGAGCAUUUGAUCUUCUGUAAUAAAGAGACGUAUCCGUUUGAUGCCAAGAGUUUCAACAUAGUGCUGAAUGGAUGGUGUAACAUUGUUUGUAGUCCACGAGAGGCUGAGAGAGUGUGGAUGGAGAUGGGAAAUGUUGGAGUCGAGCAUGAUGUUGUGUCUUAUUCGAGUAUGAUAUCUUGCUAUUCGAAAGGAGGUAACUUGCAUAAGGUGCUUAGACUGUUUGAUCGGAUGAAGAAAGAGGGUAUAGAGCCGGAUAGGAAAGCGUACAACGCUGUGAUUCACGCGCUUGCGAAGGCUAGGUUUGUCGCUGAGGCGAUGAAUAUGAUGAAGACGAUGGAAGAGGAGAAAGGGAUGAAGCCAAACGUUGUCACUUACAACUCUCUCAUCAAGCCUCUGUGCAAGGCUAAGAGAACGGAAGAGGCUAAACGUGUUUUCGAUGAGAUGAUGGAGAGAGGGAUCGUUGGGACGAUCCCUACGUACCAUGCGUUUAUUCGGAUUCUAAGGACAGGAGAAGAGGUUUUUGAGCUGUUAGGUAAAAUGAGGAAGAUGGGUUGUGAGCCAACUGUGGAUACGUAUAUAAUGUUGAUUCGUAAGUUCUGUAGGUGGCGAGAUUUUGGUAAUGUGGUGUUGCUGUGGGAUGAGAUGAAGGAGAAAGGUGUUGGUCCGGACCUGAGCUCGUACAUUGUGUUGAUACAUGGGCUGUUCUUGAAUGGGAAGAUUGAAGAAGCGUAUGGGUACUAUAAAGAGAUGAAGGAGAAGGGUAUGAGACCAGAUGAGAGUGUUGAAGAGAAGAUUCAAAGCUGGUUUUCAGGAAAACAGUAUGCAGAGCAGAGGAUGGUAGACUCGAAAGGGGAUGUGGCAGGUGUCGAUAAAAGAGGUACUUUGAAGAAAUGUGAAAGAGAAGAGAACUUUCUCCAGCAGCCUGAGGUGAGGAAGGUUGUGAGAGGGCAUGGAUAUUCGUUUUGGGAUGAAUAG